AACGAAAGCAACGUGUUGCCGCCCUCAAGACACCAACUGCCCUCUUUGGCUUGUGUGUCCCCGCUGGUGGCGAACCUGUGCCCAUCAUUGACGAGGAUGAGCUCCCCCAGGCCGUUCGAUUGACAAUGGCAGCCAUUGACAUUGCCGAUGACGAUUCCACAAAAGCUUGUCAACUCAAAGUCAUUCGUCGUCCCAUCUUUGAUGAAGACUCGGAUGAAGAAGAGUCUAUUGAUGAGGAGGAGAUGUCCAUGUACACGGAAGAGUACACACUCUGCACACUCAAGCCUGGCGUCAUCUACCAGCAGACACUCGAUGUGACCUUUUCCGAGGGUGAGAUGAUUUACUUUGCCUCGACGGGUGAUUGCGAUAUUCACAUCACGGGUAACUACAUGACACCUGUGGAUGAAGUCCCAGAAGGCUUCGACUCUGACUCUGAGGACGACGAGGAUGACCUUGACUCUGAGGAUGACGAAGAUGACGAGGACAUCUCCGAGUCUGACUUGGUUACUCUUGAAGCAGAGGAAGAUUCUGAAGAGGAGGAAGAUGUGCUUGAUGAGAUUGACGCACGCAUCUCUGCUCUUGAAGAAGCAGAAAACACUUCCAAGAAGUCCAAGAAGCGGCGUGUGUCGGCCGGCGACGAGGAUCUCGAUGCUGUGAUGGAUGAUGCCGCUGCAGAGGAACCCAAGAAACUCUCCAAGAAGGACCGCAAGAAGCUCAAGGCUGCCAAUGGUGAAGCUGUUGCUGCACCCGCCGCCGUCUCUGAGGACUCUGAGGAUUCCGCCAAAAAGUCAGUCUCCUUCAGCAAUGACACAAAACCCGCUGCAAAGCUGGUUGCUGGUGGUCUUGCCAUUGAAGACCGCAAGACCGGCGAGGGACCUAGCGUCAAAAGUGGCGCCAAGGUCGCUAUCCGAUAUGUCGGCAAACUCAAGUCAAAUGGCAAGCAAUUCGAUGCCAACAGCAAGGGCAAGCCAUUCACAUUUACCGUGGGUAAGGGUGAAGUCAUCAAGGGCAUGGAAGUCGGUAUCAUUGGCAUGAAGGCUGGUGGUGAGCGUCGUAUCACAGUCCCUGCAGCCAUGGCAUAUGGUAAGAAGGGCUUGCCUGGUAUCCCAGCGAAUUCCGACCUCGUCUUUGACUUGAAGCUCCUCAAGUUUUAAACAGCGCAGAUAGGAACCCUUUUAGAGUCUAGCAAAUCCUGAAUUGCCUUUUCUAUGAAAGUGGCACAUUGCAUAGCGUCUUGGCAGUCAAUGCCUUGCCGUCCACCAUCAACGGCACGCCCUUGUACGUCGCCACCUUGUCGUCGUUUGUCUUGAGCUCAGCAACGACCUCUGACCAGACUUUUGUAUUCUUCUCAUCAUGUGUGCCUUCGAAGCCUUCAACCUUCACCAGCGUACCAAGGGCGGCAUCUGCAGGUGGCUCCACGAACUCAACAACAUCCGCUUCCUUGUCAGCGGCACACAACACCAUGGCUUCACUGGUAACACCUCGCAACUUGGAUGGUUUCAGGUUGCAAAUGGCAAUCAAUCGUCUUCCUUGCAUCUCCUCCAAUGUGAAAUGAUUGGCAAGACCAGACACAACCGUAC